AGUAUAUUUUACAAAAUGGCCGCCACAACACACGAAGGUAAAUUAUUUGAGUGCACUAUUAUUUUAAUUAUAAUUACAUUUCCCCCAUGAUUCUGUCAAAUAAAGUAGAAAUUUGCCACAUUUGGUUCAAAUCAUAAUCAGAGUUCCGUGACCUUCCAUGCUCUUAUUCUUAAUUUUGGGGACUCCAGCAAACAAAACCGUCAUCUGUACCUGCACAGUCCAGUGCUUUCAAUACUCGGCCUGACGUUUUUACAACGACCUGACGUUUUUACAACGUAUUUUAACAUUUUCUUUAAUAGAAAAGAACCAACAUAGUUUCAUUCAUUAUCAAUCAUGUAAAUGUAAGGUUGACAAGUUAUCAUUUAUUCAUUUUUGUAUUAAUUUGGAAAUGUAUGCAACAGCAGUCAUCUCAGAAUCGUCCAGAAAGUCAGAAAGGUAAAAAGUCUAACUAAAAGUCUAAAGCCAAAGCAGUUCAGUUUAGUAGUACUACUAGUAAUGUUGCUUCAUUUUAAAUUUAAAUUAAUGCAAGGUAAAAAUGUCUUAUUAAUGUGUUUGAGCACAAUUGAAUAGGGUCAAUACUAAUACUAAAUAUCCCCCCCCCCCCAAUCUCAAUGUGAUAAAUUGCAUAAAUUAAAUGGCAUGAACAGUAUAAUAGUAAUAGUACUUCGACUUUAUAAAAUUAAAAGUGACCCAUGACUUGUACUACUGCUACUGGGUAAAUUUUGGGUUAACAGUAUCGGUUUUGCCAAGAGUUAUCUCACCCUAAGCGCAGUGACGUCAUUUUGGGGAGUCCCAACACGGGACUUUGGGUGAAUAGACCUAUUAAUUGUAGGACCAGAACGAUAUAACAAUCCUGUUCUUUAUUGAGCAUUACUUGCAUCAUAAACCAUACGGUUAAAUUAAUUAGAUUAAAAUUAAAUUUUCCAUUAAUUUGUAUUAAAAUUCAACUUACUCAUUUCAAAAGAAAGGAAAAAAGAGAAACACAUACUUGUUGAUACCCAAAAGACCCAACAUCGGUGGGAAAAAAAAAAGAUGCAUGCCAAAAGUGCUGUAUUUUGAUUAGUUGCGAAUAAAAAUACCUGUAUUGUAUGUAUUCUUCUGUAGCAAAAGGGAGUCUACUGCUUAUAUUGCAUUUGGAAUUAUCUUCUGGGGAUGGGAGACCCCCUCCCCCCACUUUAAAUACCAAAAUAAGGAACAAAGAAAUCCUCUGGGGGGGCCUCUACCCAAUUUAACAAAAAAUAUAAAAUAAAGAAAUAACUUGCAUUAUGUGAAUACAACACAAAUCGAAAUCUUUUUAGUAUGAGUCUGUAGAUGAGGUGGACCUGGGGGAACCUCCGUGACCUAUAUACUGUGGAACACAUCCAAGGCCUUACCGCUAACCCAAAAUCAACCCUGCUACUGUUACCUUUGUAGUUUGUUCUUUGGUCUUGGUUAAAUGGUACUGACAUACACUUUAACUAGUCACAAGUGUUAAUGCACAUUAUACCAUCUAUACAUUUAACCAGGCCCACAUUUUUUUCAAAAUGCUUUGAUGGUUUGGUGUGCCAUUCAAAAGUUCCCAGUCUUCUGUGUCAGGGUGGUUUCCCUCUGAUAAACCAAUUUCCAAAUAUAAAUUGCUAAUUCUAUUUUUUUAUGGCUUCCAGUGAAUAGCUAAAUCUUUUUUUUUCUUUGUAGUUUCAUUACAUUUUUUUUUAUCUUCUCCCAGAAAUUGAGGAGACGGUGAGAAAUUUACAGGCAAAAAAACAAGCACUGUUAAAUAAAGACUCUGAAGAAGAAAGAGUUGGAUUAGGUUCUGAGGGUCAUUUUGAUACUGACAUUUAUGGAGGUAGUAGAUAUGAUGGAGGCUAUUACACAUCAAUUGCAGCUAAUGAUGAAGUUGAUGUAAGUACAUUUUUAUGUCAUGUAAAUUAAUACAAAAUUUAGAAUCGAGUAUGUUGCCGAAUUAUACAAUUCUUUCUUUUUUAAUUUAGUGUAUUGUUGGGUAAUAUUUAAUAAAUGUGUAUAAUUUUAUACUUUAUAAAAAUGGAUAGUUAAAUUGUAAAAGAGCUCCAUCGUGGUUAUUUUAUUUUGCAUUACACAUGUAUAGAGUAAUUUAAAAAAAGAAAAUGCCAUAACAGCAACUGUACCUAAGAAAAUAAAAGUUUGCUCACCAAUUUUAGUUGUUACCAAUUCAGAUUUUUUUUCAUAACUUUUUCAGUAUAAGUAAAAGUUUAAGCAUUAUUUUGUAUUUUAUACUCAUUGUUUGACCUAACUAGGAUGAUGAUGACGUCACACCAGUCUACCAGAAAAAGUCUAACUACACUGCUCCACUCAACCUUCUUCAUGAUACUGCGAAUGAUCAGGUGAAUAAAGAAAUAUUUACUUUAAAAUUGUCACUUAUUUUUUUUUCCCUUCCAAUGUAUUGUUCUAAUUUAAACAUAUAGUCAUCACUUAAAAACUGAUUAUUAUUUUUUUUAUUUUCAGGAUUUUGAUCCCAUGGCAGAACACAGAAUACCAAAGAUUGCUGACAGGGAAGAUGAAUACAGGGCUAGACGUCGACAAAUGAUUAUUUCUCCCGAGAGAGAUGACCCUUUUGCUCAAGGUAAUGUACAAAUAAAGUCCUUUACUUUUAUUUUCAAAGCUAUACUGAAGUUAUGUUACUUAUUAUAUCAUGGGGAAAGUCUUUGUGCUUUUCAUCUUGCCAUUGAAUUUAUAGAUGUCAGGUAUGUAGUUUUUAAAUUGUAUGAUAAAAUUUGUCAAACCAAGAAUAAGUGCUAAGAAAUAAUGAUAAUGUGGGAUUUUUCCUUACAGCAUUGUUAACAAUGAUGCAUACAUCAUGAGUUUGGUCUUUAAAAAAAAAUGUCUUAAAUUUAAGAUAUUUUUAUAUUACUUCGUGGAUUUUUAAAAUAAAAUGUAAUGAAAUAACAUUCCAUUGUGGAUAAAGAAACAUAAUUUUAUCUUAUGAAAGUAUAUUUCUUUUACCACCAUAGUUAAUUGCCAAAAUAAAAAUGUGUACUUUGGUCAUCAAUGGGUAUUUUGAUAAAAACUAAGAGGGCUCUUAGAAGAGAGGACAAUAAGUGCUCAUUUGGGACAUUUAAGCUGUAUGUCUACUCUAUUUAUUAUCUUUUUUAGUAAAUAAAAAAAAGUGGUACAUAAUUUUUACUGGUAUUCUUAGAUAAUUUUAAUAAUAUGGCCCCAGUUGGUAUUGUGAUUUUCAAAAAUAAAAUGAUGAAUUUGUUAGAACAUAAUCUUAACCAAGUUCUAUGUUAGACUACUUUAAAGAUGCAAAAUCAAAUGAUUUCUAAUUAAAUUUUGGGUUCAUUUUGCACCAGUUAUUGCAGAUGACAUGAAAGUUUUUUACCUACCAAUAAGUGUCAAAUAGUAAUGAUUUUCUCAUUUAAGAAAAUUGGACUUAUUUUUCUUGUUUUCAAUUCAUUUUGGUGAGUUUUACAUGCUACACAAACUAUAGUAAACAUGUUACCACACCAUAAUGGAAUUUGAAAUAAACCUUUGAGUUUAGGUAAUCGAUAGCGGAUUUAUGGAAAUAAAAAAAAUUCAGACUUAAUUUUGUAAAAUUAAAUUUUUUAUUUGUGUGCAUAUUUAAAUAAGCUGUUACAUCGCCGGUUUUCGUCUGUUAAUAUUAUAAAGAACAAUUCCUAAUGCUUGGUAUAUUGUUUUAAAGACACAUUAAUUUUCACUACCUGACAUCGAGUCUAAUACCAGUUAAACCUUUCCUUCCUAGCCAUGUUCAAAUGCUGAUGUUGAUCAAGUGAUCGCCUGAAAGCUCUCCAUAGCUUCAUGGUUCAUGGGCUUACCUCAGACUCCAUUCUUAAUUGUAUGAUAUUUGUGAGAAUGUCAUUCUACAGAUUUAAAAGUAAAAUUAAAUGACGAAGCAAGAAUUAAGUCUAUAAGUAGUUUUAUUUCUUAACUAUUUGCUGAAUAAAGAGCCAAAUCCCUUAAUUUUAACUGGCUAAUCAUAGCUUGGACCACUGAAUACUUAUUUGGUCUCAUAGGGUUAGCUUCGAGGUGAGAAUGGUAAUUGUUUGUGUGCUGUUGUCACCCUGGUCAUAGUCCUUUCAUCACUUAACUAAUGAAAGACUAAUUUUAGGGAUGCUGCCUCAAUAUGUUAACAGCCAGAUCAAUGCGAGAGCUCUACAUGCUGAAAGCGUACGUAUAACAUAAUCCAGGGUUUGUUUAGUUUUGGCAAACAUUUGUUAAAUUUUAUCUAUUUUUUUCAACAUUUGAAAUAGAUUUGUAAUUUGUACAUCUUUUCAGCUGGAUAUGUUUGCCAAAACUAAAAUUUGAAGAAAAAAAAGUAGGAAAGCUAGCUGUUUUUAAACAAACUGCUAUCUUUCCAACUGGAAAAUAUGUUGGCCAAAGAUUUUAAAUUGUUGCUGUUCACGCAAAGAGCAAAUUUAUGCUCAUUUAAUUGAUAUGAAACAGUUGGAAUACUUGAAAUUUAAAGGUGUACAACUUUUAUAAAGAUAGGGAAAAGUUACAUUAAAAAGGCAUUUGCUUUUGGAAGGAUAUGAAAUAGCUAAAAUCUAGAUAAUUGAAAGUUUGGAAUUAUUUAUCCUAACAUAACUACUUGUUUUGGGGAAAGAAUUAUAUGAACUUUUCUAUUGUUUGUUUUACAAAGUUUUAUUUAAUAUCUAAUUAAGUAUUGGACAUUUUCUCAUGAUGUGACAAAAUAAUGAACAAUUUAGUAUUUGUUACAUAUUUUGAUGCUAAAUAAAGAUGAGCAUAAGUUUGUUACAAUGAUUUCAUUCAUAGGUUUUCGUCCAAAAAGGCCCAUGUUUUCCAGGAUAGGGACAGGUUUGAUAGCUCUUGUAGCUCGUUUUAUUGCCCCAAAACUUGAAAUAAAAACCAUAUCAGAGCUGUCCCUAUUAAGUAAUGCUACCAAAUUAUGAUCAAUGAAAUGUUAUACAUAUUUAAUAUUUUUUUUAUGUCACGGCCCUGUCGUGACUCUUCUGCUUUUUCAUUUUAGGUGGCAAAACACCAGAUCCAUCUCGUAUGGGCAGAUCAUUUCCCGAAGUUAUGGCAGAGAGGGCCCUCAUCAAACAGCAGGUGAGAUGAGUUCAGGGUACAUAUAAAUUAUUUGCACUUUAUGUACUUCUAUACAGAUUUUGAUCAAUAACAUUUUAACAAAUUGGAAACUGGUAACUUCAACUUAAUUUUGCCAAUAACUUAAAAGUGAACUUAUUUUAUUUUUACAGGCAGGACUUAGACAACAGAUGCAAGAGAAAGCUAAAUCCGGAGAACUGAAAUUAGUGAAAGAUUCUGAUGCACAAAAACAAACUGCUAAACGUCGUCGUUGGGAUCAGGCUGGGGGUGAGGAAGCACCAGCUAAGAAGAAGUCAUCUUGGGAUGCUGCUGAAGCUACCACACCAUCAAAUAGUCGAUGGGAUGAGACACCAGGCAGAGCAAAAGGUAUUAGAAAUUCAAACUUAACAAGUCAUAUAAAAAUGUUAUGUUUUUUUUUGUUUUUUGAAGUUAAAAGUUAUGAGUUUAGCUUGCACAUAAUUUAAAGGCAGGUGGAAAUGGUUAAUAUUAGAAUAGGAACAUAAUUAAUUUUUAAAAAAUAUGAGACGACCUAAAAAAAUUUUUUUUAGUCAUUUGCAUGUUGAGUAAAGAAAGGACCAUUGAUUUGUUACACAAAUUCAUAUUUUGUAGAUAUAAUAAUUAAAUCUAUGUUGGAAUUAAAAUACUGAUUGGGGCUACAGUGAAGUAAACAUUAUAAAGCUAUCAGAUGGAGAUUAUAUUCUUCGUGAGACGAUGGAGUAGCUAUAUUGUUCUACACUUUGACGAGUGGCUCACUGGGCCAAUCCUAGAAUGGCAAUCACUGCCGCAUCUCUCGCAGUAGAAUAUUGAAUUCCGGUAAAUUCUUGAUUUCCGAAUAGUUCUUUUUGAUUCAAGGGCCUCGUUUCGAGUAUCUUCUGCAUUUUUUACUCCUUCAAACACUGAUGUUCGUCAGUUGGAGCGAUGUUCGGCAAUGAACUCCCAUUCGUUUGUUUCAAUAUUGGCUUCCCUCAUGCAUCGUUUGCAAACGUCAAUAAAUCUCAGGCGCGGUCGUCCAAUAUGUCUUGUCCCUUCUGCCGACCCCAUGCAGCAGUAUCUUUGGGAUACAUCCUUCCUCCAUUAUCCGUACAUGACCUAACCAGCGAAGGCGCCUCUUGAUUAGAAAGGAGAAUAUGCUAAACAUGUGUGCACGUUCCAAAACCUCCACGUUAGGCACCCUGUCCUGCCAACGAAUGUGCAAAAUGCGAUGCAGACAUCUUUGAUGGAAACUGUUGAGUUUCCGCUCCAGGCUGGUAUAUGUGGUCCACACUUCGCUACCAUUAGGACACUUAUUUUUGUUUUAUCAGUUAGAUUGAGAUUAUUCCACACCCGCUUAUUCAGUUUAGACAUUGUUGCUGCUGCUUUUGCGAUCCUGAUAUUUAUCUCUUCAUCAACGGAGAGAGAACUAGAAAUAUUGGAUCCCAGGUAAAUGAAAUGAUCAACAACCGAAAGAUUAUGACCCUCAAUAGAUAUGAUUGGAGGGGACGGUGUUUCUUGCAUCAUUACAUGAGUUUUCUGUAGACUAAUCGAAAGUCCAAACUCUUAACAAGCAUGUGAUAGACGAUUAACCAGCCCCUGCAGACCUUCUGUGUGAGAUGUUAAGGCGGCAUCGUCAGUGAGCAGCUCACGAAUCAGCUCCUUUUUUACUUUGGUCUUUGCACGAAGGCGGGCGAUAUUGAACAGUCUUCCAUCAGAUCUUGUAUGGACGUACACUCCAUCUUCACAGUCCCUGAAGGCAAAUUGAAGGAGCAUCGAAAAGAAAAUUGAAAAGAGCGUUGGUGCCAGUACACAACCUUGUUUUACUCCGCUGUUAACUAGGAAUGACUCAGAGAGAGUGCCAUUGAAAGUAACUGAGCUGUGCAUGUUUUUGUGAAAUGACUGUAUUAUUGUGAGCAGUCGUGGGGGACAACCUAUUCUUUGCAGAAUACUGAAAAGGCCUCUUUGACUUACCAAGUCAAAUGCCUUGGUCAGGUCUAUGAAGGCAAUAUAAAGAGGCAUAUGCUGUUUGCGACAUUUCUCCUGCAUUUGGCGUAGCAAAAAUAUCAUGUCUAUUGUUGAGCGCCCACUCCUGAAGCCACACUGGGACUCUGGGUAGAUGCGGUUCGCAAGACUCGGCAAUCGUUUAAGGGCAACACCGGCAAAAGUCUUUCCAACUAAGCUAAAGAGAGGAAUACCUCAGUAGUUAUUGCAAUCACUUCGGUCCCCUUUAUUUUUAUACAAUGUUAUGAUGUUGGCAUCUCUCAUGUCCUGGGGAAUGUGACCUGUUUCCCAACACAGACAGAGGAGCUCAUGUAAGGGCUCAAGUAGGAUAGGUUUUCCAUUUUUGAGGAUUUCCGUAGCCUUCCCAUCCGCAAGGUAAUCAAUGACUUUUUCGAGCUUCUGUAAAGUUGGCUCUUCAUCCAGUUGAUUCAUUGCUGACAAGGCGGGAAUAUUAUGCAGAGCGGUCUCAGUGACUACAUUGGUUGUAGAGUGUAGCUCAAGAUAAUGCUCUAUCCAACGCCGAAGUUGAUCAUUUGGAUUCUUGAUAAUUUGACCUGUCUUGGACUUGAGUGGUGCUAUUUUUGACGUGUGUGGACCAAAUGUCCUCUUGAUGCCCUCGUACAUGCUCCUUGCAUCUCCGUUGUCUGAAGCCGAUUGUAUGGAGUUGCAUAGUUCUAGCCAGUAAGUGUUGGCACAGUGGCGAGCCGACUGCUGUGAUAAUUUUUUUGCGGUUCGGAGAGCCUGCAGUGUACUAGAACAAGGUGCAUUCCUAUAGGCAAGUAGGGCUCUUCUCUUCCUCUCGAUUACUGGUUCCAUCACAUUCCAAUGCGCCUCGUACCAGUCAUUAUUAAAUGCUCCUUUUUAUCGUAGGCGGACAUGGCUGAAUUGUACACAGCAUCUCGUAAAUGACUCCACUUAGAGAGUCAAUAGUUCUGUUGUGUGAUCCUUUAGCUAGGGUGUCCUGCAACACUUUUUAGAAUUGCUGCGUUUUUUCUGGGUUGUUUGAGCAGUGGAUGUUUAUUGUUAUUUAAUGUCAUAUUAAAUAGCAAUGUAUUGGUAUUUUCAGGUGCAGAAACUCCAGGGGCAACUCCAAGCUCACGUGCAUGGGAUGCCACCCCAGGUCAUGCUACUCCAGGGGCUGUAACGCCUGGUAGGGGAGAUGAGACAUCAGGACAUAAGGCAACACCAAGUGCAAGGAAAAACAGAUGGGAUGAAACGCCAAAAACAGAAAGAGGUGAGUAUUUUAAAUAUAUUAUUCCAUUGUCUGAUUUCUAGUCAUUUGUUCCCAAAUAAUGAGUUAAAUAUUAUUUUUACUUGGUUGAUCAAACGUUUAUUUUUUUUACCAAUUGUGAAAAAUAGAGAAAACAGUCUACUUUCUAAUUGUGGAUUUCAUAUAAACUUUGAAAUGUUAUUUAGUUUAAAAAAUUUUGAGAAUUUUUAUUUUUUUAUUUUAGAAACUCCUGGCCAUGGUAGUGGUUGGGCGGAGACUCCAAAAACAGACCGUGGGGGGGAUUUGAUUGAAAGCACUCCAACACCAGGGGCCAGCAAGCGACGGUCACGUUGGGAUGAAACCCCUGGAGCAGCUACCCCAUCAGCUAUGACUCCAAGCAUGACACCAGGUCAGAUGACGCCAAACAUGACCCCCGGUGGAUUAACCCCUGGUGGAAUGACCCCAAGCAUGACACCCAGUGGUGUGACACCUACUGGUUCCAAAGCAAUGGCUAUGGCAACACCAACCCCUGGUCAUUUGAUUUCCAUGACACCUGAACAGCUGCAAGCUUUCUCAUGGCAGCGGGAAAUUGAUGAGAGGAACAGACCAUUGUCAGAUGAUGAACUGGAGUCCAUGUUUCCACCUGGCUAUAAAGUAAGUGAUUAUUUUAUAGUAUUAGUAUAAGCAGUUUAAAACUAAAUGUGAUAAAGCUGAUAUGGAAGAAAGGGCUUGGAGUUGAAAAAUUUUCACUGUUCUGAAAAAUUACUUAUGCCAAUAUUUAGUAACUUUUUCUUCCUCAUUUUAACCCAAAAAAAAGUUUGUAUAAAAUCAUAAACUUCUAUUUCAGGUUUUGCCUCCACCAGCUGGUUAUAUACCAAUUAGGACACCUGCACGAAAGCUGCUUGCUACACCUACUCCAAUGGCUGGCACACCAAUGGGUUUUAGGAUGCAGACCCCAGAUAACAAAAGUAGCAAAGAUAUGAUUGUAGACAUGCAACCUAAAGGAAAUUUGCCUAUGAUGAAGCCAGAUGACAUGCAGUAUUUUGAUAAACUUUUGGUAUGUUCCUUUUUUUUCAGUGUAUUUUAGAUUGUUACAUGUGUAUUUCAGAUUGUUACUUGCUUUAGGGUGUGAAUUAUUUCCAUAAGAAAAUUGAUCAUUUAUUAUGAAGUUGUCAGUAUUUUCUUGAUGCAUAGAAUGGCUUCUAUAGUUUUCUGUUUAAUAAGUUCUGACGUCUGGUAUUUAAUAUAAUUUUGUAUUAAUGUAUACAGAUUUAACAUUUAAUUUAAAUUAUGUAAAAAGAAUUUAUUUCACUGACUGAUACUUAAAAUAUUUGCAUUUCCAUGUUAUCAAUUCCUGGUCAUAUUCUGAAUUCAGGUGGAUGUUGAUGAAGAGACACUCUCACCAGAAGAACAAAAAGAACGAAAAAUCAUGAAAUUGCUUUUGAAAAUAAAGAAUGGCACACCACCAAUGAGAAAGGUAUUGAAUCUUAAAUUACAUUACGCAAGAUAACUAUUUAUUUUGUCUUACAUAACAGUCAUUUUAAUUCUUUUGCUUGCUCUUGUUAUUUCUUUCUUAUAAAUAUUUAUUGCUUGCUCAUCAAAAAGUCAUACUUGUUUUAUUUUACUCUAUCACAGGCUGCGUUGCGCCAGAUAACAGAUAAAGCACGUGAGUUUGGUGCUGGUCCAUUAUUCAAUCAAAUUCUACCAUUGCUCAUGUCUCCAACUUUAGAAGACCAAGAGCGUCAUCUUUUGGUCAAAGUUAUUGACAGGAUCCUUUAUAAAUUAGAUGAUUUGGUGCGCCCCUAUGUGCACAAAAUUCUUGUGGUUAUUGAACCCCUGCUCAUUGAUGAAGAUUACUAUGCCAGAGUGGAAGGCAGAGAGAUCAUCUCCAAUUUGGCUAAGGUGAGAUUUUUAUAGUAAAUAACAACUUUUCCAUAAUGUCAAGCAAAAUGGAUUGAAGUACUAUUAUAUUAAAUGAUUAGCAUAAUUAUUUUGCCAGUAAAUUCAGACACUUUUUAAAUCACGCUUUUUUUUUUAGCUCGCGAUUUAGUCUAUCUGGUCAAAUCUUGCAUCUCGGUUUUUACCCACUUUCUGAUGUCCAAUUAAGCUGAAACUUUGUACACUUACUCACCCUAUUGAUAAUACAACUCUUCAUAAUCAGUAGGUCACUAGUGACCUCCACUGAUCCUUUAGUGACCUCUAUGAGUAUGAGAAUCCUUGUAAAUGUCAAGUAUUGCAUUUCAAUUUUGACCUUCUUCCUGAUCCCUAAUUGAGCUGAAACUUUGUACACUUGACUAAAAAUUACAAAAUAAAAAUAUAUAUAAAAAUACUUUUUUUAAAAACACGCUUUUCCAGAAAUUUAAUAAGACAUAGAAUAAACGUCCUACAAUCAGAGUUGUUACAGUCAUAAGAUUUAAAAAGUGUGGUGGCGUCCAUGAAACACAAAGACCCUUUUCUUUGGUUGCUGUCCAUUUGUUAGUUUGUAUAUGGUCAAAUCUUGCAUCUCAGUUUGGACCCACUUACUGAUCUCCAAUUGAGCUGAAAAGAAGAGCAUUGAAUUCAUUUGCGCCCCUUGCUAUGUUUUUACACGUUAUUUUUAUAUAUUGUUUUAUUACCUAACUGACAUUGACCCUUUUUUUUUCCCUAUUGUUAGUUUUGGACAACACUUUCAAAUGAUUGGAAACGUUUUUUAAAAUAUUUAAUUGCAUCUAUUAAUAGGCUGCUGGUCUAGCUACAAUGAUAGCAACUAUGCGCCCAGAUAUUGACAACAUGGAUGAAUAUGUGAGAAACACAACUGCACGUGCAUUUGCGGUGGUGGCAUCUGCUUUGGGCAUUCCCUCUCUGCUGCCUUUCUUGAAGGCUGUGUGCAAAAGCAAGAAGUCAUGGCAGGCUCGACACACUGGAAUAAAAAUUGUGCAACAGAUUUCUAUUCUCAUGGGAUGUGCUAUCCUUCCCCAUCUUAAGAGUUUAGUGGAGAUAAUAGAACAUGGUAAGAAAAGGUUUUUAAAUACCCAAAGAGAUUUAUUCAUUAUCUAGUUUUAAUAGAAUUUAUUAUCUUAUUUAUAUUAUGUUUACUCCAGAAUUUACUUAACUAAAAUAAUAUUUUAUUUUUAAUAGAGGGCAUUGAGAUCAAAGCAUUUUUUGCCAUUACAGUUAAAUCUUUCUCUUAAUUAAAUUAAGCAGUCUUAAUUUUCUUUUCUCAUAGGAAUUCUGACUUAAAUUUUGCAGUAAAACAUUUGUAGAUUUUCCACUUAAAAUAUUUUAUCUUUUUUUAAAUUCCAACAUAGGUAAGUAACCAAAAAAAAAAAGCAAUAAUUUUCUAUUUUGGAUUCAACAGUCUUCUAUCACAUCAAGAAUACAUACAAUUUAUCAUCAUUCUGUAGUCAUGUCUGCUUAUUAGUGGAUAUUAUUUUGUUGUUUUGUAAAACUUUGGUCAUGUUUCUAAAUUAGACAAAAAAUAUUUGUCUUCAAUUAAUGGGAAAUAUAAAUGAAAGGACUGCUUUCAAGCUUAGUAAAUGAAUAAAAUAGCAAAAUGAGGUAUGUGUGAAGCUUGAAUAAGAUAACAGGACAAAAAACAAGGACGUCUCGGCAUAAAGCCUUCCUCAGCCAACAGUAGAAAUGAAAAUAAAACAAAGAAUAGAGCACAGUAGACAACUCAAGCUUGAUGAUUAAGUUUCAUCUUUUAUAUUAUAUUGGUAUUUUUAUUCAAUGGUUUUUUUAAUCUUCAGGUCUGGUAGAUGAGCAACAGAAAGUGCGAACAAUCACUGCUUUGGCUUUGGCAGCAUUAGCAGAAGCUGCAACUCCUUACGGCAUUGAGUCGUUUGACAGUGUCCUUAAACCACUUUGGAAAGGUAUUCGUCAACACAGAGGCAAAGUAAGUAGUCUCACAUUGUCUUUUGUUGUGAUUUUUAAUGCCUACAUAAAUUUACAUUAAUUUUUACAUGUCAUUUAGCAAAAAGGGCAUCUGAUCAAAAUACAGAAGAAUUAUCUUGAUUUGUAUUUUCAUUAAAUUAUUUAAUACUUAUUUUUUAUUUUAGGGUCUUGCUGCUUUCUUAAAAGCCAUUGGUUACUUGAUCCCCCUCAUGGAUGCCGAGUAUGCCAACUACUACACCAGAGAAGUCAUGUUGAUUCUUAUUAGAGAGUUUCCAUCUCCUGAUGAGGAAAUGAAAAAGAUUGUGCUUAAGGUGACAUUUUAAAAAAGAAUUUCUAGUUUUAACAAAAUUUACUAAUAAACUAAUAUUACUUUUCAAGUAUACAACUGUACCUUAUGAAUGAAUAACGGGACUAUUUAUACAUAUUUUUUCUAAAAGGUAUUUUAAACUAUUAAGCAUGAUUUUGUUUUAAUUACUAUUUAUGUUGUGCAUAAAAGUAUUAAUCAAUAAUUUAUAUUUUCUAGGUAGUCAAGCAAUGUUGUGCUACAGAUGGUGUGGAGUCUCAGUACAUUAAAGAUGAAAUUUUACCACCUUUUUUCAAAAACUUUUGGAAUCAACGUAUGGCAUUGGACAGGCGUAACUACAGACAAGUAAUAAUUUUUAUAUUUAUCUUUUCAAAAAUAUGUCAUUACAGAAUAGAAAUUCAUUGAAUGAGUACUGAUUUUUUUAACUUCACUAAAUUUAAACGUUCAUUUUUUCAGCUUGUAGACACAACAGUGGAAAUAGCCAACAAAGUUGGAGCUGCAGAAAUCAUAGGGAGAGUUGUAGAUGAUCUUAAAGAUGAAGCCGAGCAGUAUCGUAAAAUGGUUAUGGAGACCAUUGAGAAGAUCAUGUCCAAUCUUGGAUCAAGUGACAUAGAUUCCCGUCUUGAAGAACAACUCAUUGAUGGCAUUCUCUAUGCUUUUCAGGAGCAGACUACUGAGGUGAGAGCUUUUUACAUUUCUAUAUGAAAAAGAAUUACUGUAAUUCAAGAGUUUGUUGUGAAAAUUUCUUUUGAAAAAUAUUAGAUAAUGUAUUUUCUUUAGGAAUAUAAAUUAUUUAAAAAAAAAAAAGAUUUAGUGAAAACAAAGUAUUGUAAGUUAUGAAUUUAAAAAAAAUUAACUUUCUAAUUUUGUGUUAGUUUUUCUAAUUCAAAUAUUUUAUUGAUCCUAAUACUCAGGAUGUGGUUAUGCUCAAUGGCUUUGGUACGGUUGUUAAUGCCCUCAGUAAGCGUGUGAAACCAUACCUGCCUCAGAUGUGUGGUACCAUCCUGUGGCGUCUGAAUAAUAAAUCAGCUAAAGUGAGACAGCAGGCUGCUGAUCUCAUCUCACGUAUAGCUAUAGUUAUGAAGACUUGUCAAGAGGUAAACAUUAUAAGCUAACAUUUAAAGUUAAAACAUCUUAUAAAUGGAUGUAAUGCUUAAUUGGUCCAUUAAAAAAAUAUCUUUAGGUAGGGAUGAUUCAUAAAUUUGAAGGUAUUAAAUGAGCAAUAUAUUUUUAUGUUAAUGUGAAAAUUGAUUUUAAUACCAAUUGGUAUUUUCUGUCCUUACUUUUUCACUACAUGAGUAAUUGUGAUAAUCUGAAUGCAUUUCUUUACUUGUUUAUUGAAUGAAUUCAUUAAAACAUGCUGUUGGAAUCAUCUACAGUGCACAUGAUUGUUUUUUUCAGGAAAAACUGAUGGGUCAUCUUGGUAUUGUUUUGUAUGAGUACCUUGGAGAAGAGUACCCAGAAGUGUUGGGCUCCAUUCUAGGGGCACUUAAGGCCAUUGUUAAUGUUAUUGGCAUGACUAAAAUGACUCCACCAAUAAAGGACUUGCUGCCCAGACUCACUCCCAUUUUGAAGAACAGGUAAUCGUCUUCCCAGAAAUUUAAUGCUUUGUAGCAAUACUUCAGCUCUCAGAACUUUAAAAAGUCAUUAGGCUGAUUUUUUUAAAACCAUAAUUAAAAGGGAAAGAAAGAAAACCACAAAUAAUUUUUAAAUCUAGUGGAUUAACUGAAAUUAAAGAAAGAAUAUUGUAUAUUAUGAACACUUACAUUUUAAAAAAAUGUUAAUCUUAGAUUGUAUUGGGUACAUCUUGAAUUUUUUCUGAAACCCUUGUCUUAUUUUAUAAGGCAUUUCAAGUGUAAGAAAAUGGAGAGAUUAAAUGAUCUAAUGAGUAAUCUGUGGGCAAAAAAACAAACAGAAUGUUUAAUUUUUUAUUAUAAUAGUAUACGAAAAUUGUCAUGUUUUUUUUUUUUAUAUUCAACAGACAUGAGAAAGUGCAAGAGAACUGUAUCGAUUUAGUUGGGCGCAUUGCUGACAGAGGUCCAGAAUUUGUGUCUGCAAGAGAAUGGAUGAGAAUUUGCUUUGAACUUUUAGAGCUUUUGAAAGCACAUAAAAAAGCUAUUCGCAGAGCUACUGUAAACACAUUUGGUUAUAUUGCUAAAGCUAUUGGGUAAGUCUUAUAUCUAUUAAAUUAUCUUUGUUCAACUUUAAAUAAUGUAGUACAUGGGCACAGUAAAGUAGUUUAUAAUUAGAUAAAAGUGUGCAUCGCAGGAAAAAUAUUUUUCUCCCAUUUCUAUUGAAUAUAACAUUAUUAAAUUAUAAGUCUUUCUAAUUUAGUGCUCACUAAGGUAUAUCAAAUAUUUUCGUCUCAUUAUGUGAAGAGAUUACUCUGUCAUAAUUAAAUUUCAAAGUACUGAUUAUUGUGACAAUUCUUCAAUUUUUAAUAAAGCAUUUAUGAGGUGUGCAGGAAAGUAUUUCUUUUGCACUCUGCAAAAAAUAAAUUUUAACAACAAAUUUAUUAAUGAUUUAUUGAAUUAUUAGUGUAUGGUAUAUUUGUCUUUUUUAGCUUUGGUUAGAGACAUAUACUGUUUAUUUUAAGUAGUCUAUUUACUUAUAUUUUAAGAAAUAAUUCUUAUUUGUAAUUUUAUUCUACAGCCCUCAUGAUGUAUUAGCAACACUUCUGAAUAACCUCAAAGUUCAGGAGCGCCAGAACCGUGUUUGUACAACAGUAGCCAUUGCUAUUGUGGCAGAAAAUUGCUCCCCCUUCACAGUUUUACCAGCCUUGAUGAAUGAGUACAGAGUCCCCGAGCUUAAUGUGCAGAAUGGAGUUCUCAAGUCACUAUCUUUUAUGUUUGAAUACAUUGGUGAAAUGGGCAAAGACUAUAUUUAUCCAGUUACAACAUUGUUGGAAGAUGCCCUUAUGGACAGGUAAUUAAAUUCUUGUUACAAUCAACUUAUCUAAAGAAUUUUUUUUAACUUAAUUUUUUAUAUUUUAAAUUGCUAAAUGAAGCUAUGGCAACUCAGUCUCUUGCUAUCAGGAGAGCCUAAUCUGUAUUACAGCUUAAUUUAAUGUCUCUUAUUAUUGCUGUGCCUGUCACUUUGUGUGUUACCCCCGUUCAAAUGAUUUUGACGUCUUUUUAAGCUUGAAAGUUGAAAUUUGAUAAUCAGCUUAGAGUCAAGGUUCCUUUUAGUCAGAAGCUGCAACUUUACUUGUUUUAGAGUAAUUCCUACUCUGAAAAUUGAUAGAUCCCUGUUCUCUUAAAAAAAGAUGUUGCAGCAGGUUGCUGAAAGAAAUGAUCACCUCUGUAACAGCUCAGUACUCAAUUGUCCAUAUGGUGUACUUUGGCGCCAACACUAUUCCCCUGGCAGAAUGGUUAAACCCAGUUCUUGAUAGUUAUCUAGCUCAGCCUAAGAUCUCUGUAAGGAAGAGUACCAAUGCAUACAUCCCUUUUAAUGGAUUAAUGUGGUCUGAGAUAUUCUAGUUCUUCUCCCAAGACAAUCAAAAGAAGAGGAUUAUAUAGCUACCUGUCCACUUUAUAAAAGUCUAAAUGGAACCCAUAUCAGUUAAAUCUAAGGGACAGACUGAUUAGGACACAACGAAGAAGUACAUUUUAAUAUAUAAUUUAUUUGCAAGUAAAAUAUUUACAAGUGAGGGAAGGUUAUAUGAUAAUAGAAUUCAAAUAUCUAUACCUAAUUUUUACAUAAUAUGAGGUUUGCAAAAUGUUGACAAGUCAAGUCCUUAUAGUAAAUAUAAUUAGGAUUAACUUGGAUAAUACAUGCUGGAAAGAGUUGUUAUUUUAGUAAAUUUCCUGGUAGAUGAUUUAUAGAAUUGUGGCAGGAAAUGAUAUUGUAUUCAUUUCCCGAGUACUAUUGUUUGAUAUAGAUGUGACUAAUGCUUGAUAGAUGUGUCAAUUUCUUUGAUGAUAACUGGUUGAUGUGAGAAAGGUAACGUUAUCAAUUUCCUUGAUAAAAACCGAUGGUCAUGGAGGAUUAGAGCUUUCUAGGUUUAGCAAUAUUUGAUCCAGAUUAAUAAAGCCUGGUAUUAUAAAACGUCUUCAACUGACAGUUUUUUCAAAGAUAUUCAAGUACUUUAUGUAGCAUAUACAUGCAGACCUGUUUACCCUCAAACUCUUAAAAUCAUACAAUAUCAUCACAAAAUUGUUCAAUACCUUAUCUGAAUAGUAAAAAAAAUAACCAUACAUAAAAAACCACCAAAAUGUUGGGGAGUAGAUACUGUAAGUUCUUCUAAGUUGAAAUGCAAGGAUCUACUAAGUGCAAGUCCUACAAGAGAAUGCUUUCAUUAAAUUAAAAUAAUUUUAUGUGGCUCUUAACAACUUGUUCACUAUUCCCUAUGUAAUUUUUUUUCACAAACUAACAAAGGGUCCCUAAGGUCUGCUGGUGGUCUCCAAAUGCUUCCUUAUAACUGAAUAUUUAUUGCUGGCUAAUUACAAAGCAUGUUGUUUAAAGUGGCAUUCCAUUCAACGUAUUGAUCCUAGUUUAAGAAGGCUCAAUUUAUCAUCUGCCCAACAAGCAUAUAUUUUUUUUAAAAAAAGGAACAGCCUUUUUUUUUUUUUUUUUUUGUAAGCACUUAUUUUAUUGGGUAGAAAGAUUUAAUUUCUGCUUCCAGUUUACUUUUGAAAUUAAUAAAAUUUUGUAUUAUUUUUGUACAGAGAUCUGGUUCACAGACAGACAGCCAUGGCAGCCAUUCAACACAUGGCACUAGGUGUUUGUGGGUUUGGCUGUGAGGAUGCCCUAAUACAUCUUCUGAAUUAUGUCUGGCCAAACAUCUUUGAAAACUCUCCUCAUGUCGUUCAAGCUUUUAUGGGUGCAGUUGAAGGUCUCAGAGUAGCUAUUGGACCAUCAAAAAUAUUUCAGUAUGCAAUGCAGGUAGAAAUUUUUCCAUUAUUGCUUUAUUUUUAAACAAUUUUUUUAUUUUUACUGAUGAAGGCUUUUAGCUGACAUGUUUUAUUUUAUAUAUAGUUUAAAAAAAAUAAAUUCCUAUUAUUUUAUUUUUUCCUUGUAGUUUAAAAUUAAUUGUGCGUACCCUUUCUGCAAUCCACUAAACAUUGAUAGUACAAUGUAAAGAAACAUUCUCUUAUAAAUGAAUUUGAUGUUGUCAUUAAACGCUUUUUACUAUUUUCUCCAGGGUUUGUUUCACCCAGCAAGGAAAGUGAGAGAUGUCUACUGGAAGGUUUACAAUACAGUCUACAUAGGAACCCAAGAUGGUCUCAUUCCAUCCUACCCCCGAAUCCCCAAUGAUGCAAAGAACCAAUAUAUUCGAUAUGAGUUGGACUAUAUUUUGUAGUGUACUCUGUUGUUGUGCAUUUGUAAAUAGAAAUAUAUUAUGUUUCAAUAAAGAAGCAAAGCUUUUACAUUUUAUGAAGUUAACUCAAAUUUUGGUGUAACUAUGGAUGUCAGGUAAACAAAAGCUUAAAAAUUAAACAUGGCAGAAGUUAAUGUGAAAUGAAACUAUCAUCCAAAUAAACAGUGUUGACACUAAAAUUUUAUUACCUGGUUUUCAUCUUUCUUAUAACAUAAAAAUGGGGCCAGCUAUUAUUUUUUUAUUAUCAGUUGCUUGAGAUUUUUCUAGUACCAGUGGCUUAUAUGCAUACAUGUCCACAAAAUUUCAGGCAAGGUGCGCUGUGUUAACUGGUAAAAAGGACAAUAUGUAGCGGCUUUUAAAAAUUUAUAGGCUUCUCAUAUGUGGAGGCUUAUUUUGGUUUGUUGCUAUUUGUGUAUAUGUGUGUAUUUUACAAUGACAUUUAUAGUGUUGAUAUUUCACAUGCAGAUAAUCUUCAACUAUUCAGGUUUUUUAGUUCUCAGUAAUACCAGUCAAUUUUUAGCUUGAAUUAAGUGAAGACAUCAAUUGUAAACCCUGUUCAUUAUAUCUUUUGUUCUUAAAUAUUGUUUGUACUCUACUCAUAAAAUGGUGAAAAGAAAUGUAAAAAAAUAGAAAUAAUCUGAAGCCUAAGAUUUCAAGCUUGAAAAAUUCUUUCUAAACUCAUUUUAGCAAAGUUUCAAAAGUUCAUAAUUUUUUAGUUGCAGAUAUAAAAAAAACAAACUUUGUCAUUAAUGAUAGAAAUGGCUUGUUUUUACUUGCAUGUACAUGAUUUCCAUUCUGCUUUAAUUGUAAAGGUUUAACUGUAUCACAAACGGUAGCCUUCAAUUUUUUUCUUUCAUGAUUUGAAGAACCUGUUGAAAAACCACCCCAAGAAUUACACAUAUUUGGAUUAAUUAUCUUUAUCCUCUAUCAACAUUUAAAGUAAUUUUUUUUAAAAUAAGAAGAAUUAAAAAUCAUUUUAAAUCAUAAUCAUUUUUCUGAAACAACUGAAAAGUUUAAGUUUAAUUAUAUUGCAUUUCUCUCAAUAGCAAUUCAAAUCAUAUGUUUGUGAAGAAAAUAUGUUAGCUUGUCUUGUUAAUUUUAUUUGUCAAGUAAAAUAAAGAAUUAAAGGAAAAAAUAAUUAUUUUCUGUUAUUU